AUGAUGAAGAAAAUGUUUCUCAAAUUAUUUUUGCUAUGUUUGUGGCAUCUGGUUGGAGUGUUUGGUGAUGAAUUGAAGUCGGUGCGGGAGAGACGUUCAGUCACUCUAAACUCUGGUCUUACUGAAAUAAUGGAUGGUGAUCUGAUUCAGUGGAGGUUUUUUAACACUUCAAUAGCUGAAAUCAAUAAACGGUUCGACAGCAUGACUGUAUAUGAUGAUGUUCUUGAUGGGAGAUUCAGAGACAGACUGAAGCUGGACGAUCAAACUGGAUCUCUGACCAUCAGAUACACCACAACUGAACAUACUGGACGUUAUGAACUACAGAUCAACAGUGUGAGCAAGAGUUUCAAUCUCACCGUCCUUCCUCGUCUGCCUGUUCCUGUCAUCAGCAGUAACUCUACGAACUGUUCAUCAUCAUCAUCAUCAUCAUAUUGUUCAUUGUUGUGUUCAGUGGUGAAUGUGGGUCAUGUGACUCUCUCCUGGUACAAAGGAAACAGUUUAUUGUCCAGCAUCAGUGUGUCUGAUCUCAGCAUCAGUCUCUCUCUACCUCUGGAGGUGGAAUAUCAGGAUAACAACACCUACAGCUGUGUGCUCAACAAUCCCAUCAGCAACCAGACGAGACAUCUGGACAUCAGUCAACUCUGUCACACAUGUUCAGACUCUGAACACUGUUGUGGUUAUACUGAAGCUGUGAUCCGAUUGGUUCUCUCUGCCCUGGUGGGCGUGGCUACUGCCAUUCUUCUGGUUUAUGACAUCAGAUCCAGAAGAGCUGAACAAGAUCAAGCACAUAUUCACACAUCAGAAAAUAUUGAAGAAUCUGAAGCAGAUGCUGAACUUUAA